GAACCGAAUCAAACCUUCCAACACCCAAUUCUCUGCAUUCCAUGGCCUCUGAAUCAGAAAGCUCUUCUUUUCCGGUGCCGAUUGAUGACCGGAAGGGCUCAUUUGGGCGGCCGUCUGAGAACUGGAUUAGGCUAAAUGGGCCGGCGGUGGAACGAGAGCUAAGCAUUCAGCCCAAACGGAGAGGUGACCCGGCGUAUCUAACGUGGGAGGAUCUGUGGGUGACUGCAUCGAACGGCAGAAGUCCGUCCACCCCAAUCCUCUCUGGACUCACCGGGUUCGCACAGCCCGGCGAGAUCCUAGCCAUCAUGGGCCCGUCCGGUUGCGGAAAGACCACUCUCCUGGAUGUUCUUGCAGUAACAGGAAGACUAACAUCGCGCAUGACAAAAUCAGGAGUUAUAUUUGUUAAUGGGCAAGCACAAACAUUGGCAUAUGGAACCUCGGCAUAUGUAACCCAAGAAGAUGUUCUAAUGACCACCUUAACAGUCAGAGAGGCUAUUUAUUACUCUGCAGAGUUAUUGCUACCCGAUACAAUGUCAAAGUCUUCAAAAAGGGGGAGAGCUGAUAAGGUAAUAAUGGAAAUGGGACUAAAAGAUGCCAUAAACACUAGAAUUGGAGGAAGAGGUAAAAAGGGUAUUAGCGGGGGGCAAAGGAGAAGGGUCAGCAUUUGCAUAGAAAUCUUGACCCGCCCAAGGCUUCUCUUCCUUGAUGAGCCCACGAGUGGGCUCGACAGCGCCGCGUCAUAUCAUGUUAUGAGUACGAUUGUAAAACAAGCUCGACAAUAUAGUGGAACGGUCAUUGUCUCGAUCCAUCAACCAAGCUUUGAAGUGUUCGAGCUCUUUGACAAUUUUUGUCUUUUGUGUUCUGGCAAGACCAUCUAUUUUGGCCCUAUUUCAUCAACUGUAGAGUUCUUUGCAGCAAAUGGCUUUCCAUGUCCACAACUGAGGAACCCUUCUGACCAUUUUCUUCGAACAAUUAACAAAGACUUCGAUGUGAUUGGGCAAAGUGAUGGUUAUGUUAGCAUAAUGAAUACAACACAGGCCAUUCAUAUUCUAACAAACGCUUACAAAUCUUCAAGUAUUUCCCAAGAUGUGUUGAGAACAAUAGCUCAGAUAAACAGCAUGGAAGGAAAUAUGGUGAAGAAAGAAGAACAAGCUCGAUUUAUCACUCAAUGCUUAGUGCUUACAAAGAGAUCUUUCGUGAACAUGUUCAGAGAUUCUGGCUACUAUUGGUUUCGACUGGCAAUCUAUAUUGGAAUUGGACUUGCCUUGGGGACACUUUACUAUGAUAUUGGAUCUGAUUAUAGAUCAAUUCAGACAAGAGGUCUAAUGUUGACGUACGUAGCUGUGUAUUUCACUUUCAUGGCCAUAGGUGGAUUCCCUUCUUUUGUGGAAGAUCUUAAGAUUUUUUAUAGAGAGCAAUAUAAUGGACACUACGGUGCUGCUGCAUUCACCAUUUCAAACUCCCUCUCUUCGAUGCCUUUUCUUCUCCUAAUCACCAUCAUCUCUUCCACAAUUGCAUACUUCCCGCCUGAUCUCCACAGAACUACCCAACACUUCAUUUUUUUCUGCCUCAUCAUAUACUCAAGCUUCCUCCUCGUUGAAAGCCUCAUGAUGAUAAUAGCAACCAUCGUCCCAAACUUUCUCAUGGGCAUCAUCACCGGCGCUGGCAUCCAAGGGUGGAUGAUGCUCGCAUGUGGUUUUUUUCGAUUGUCGAACGACAUGCCAAAGCCAGUGUGGUUAUAUCCAACUUACUAUAUUUCUUUUCAUAGAUAUGCAAUUCAAGGACUCUUCAAGAAUGAGUUCAUAGGGCUUACUUUUCCGAGUAGUGACAAUUCUAACACCGGGAAUUCUACACUUUCUGGAAUUGAGAUUGUGAGAGAUUAUUGGCACAUGCCAACUAGUUAUUCAAAGUGGGUUGAUGUUUUUAUCUUGUUUGGGAUGGCUUUUAUUUAUAGAUUCUUGUUCUGGGCAACAGUUAGAAUUAAAGAGUUGAAAGUCAAGGGUCGGAUGCCAGUCAAACAAAAGCGGAUCACUGAAAGUUCCAUCAUCAACUCUAUAUAAGAAUAUUGGAGACGGUGUGUUAUACAAAGCUUAGUGAAGAGAUGAUAAGGUUGAACUUUUUCUAUCUACAUUUCAAAAGCUAUUUAUGCAUAUUUAUAUAACUUGAGAAUGUUCAGAUUGUCAAGUUGAAAGAGUAGUAGUAUCCUUUUUUUAUCGUCGCAUGGAGGAGAAUUGUAUUACAAUCUUUGGGUGCUUUUAUCAUAUUUGUCAUACUUUUGAAAAGUGAAUACCUAUAUCUUCUUAUACUUUAUGAGGAGGAUUGAUUAAUUUUUUA